AUGACGUCGAACAAGCAUCGUGUUUUGACGAGUCAUUACGAAAACGAUUACUCGAGGCACGACGACAAGAAUUACUACUUCUCGGACAAUCGUAACUAUGACGCUAUGCGCGACGCUAUGGAGAAGUUCCGACGAAAUCCCGCCAAGUACGAGUCGGAGAGUCGCCGGGAGACCUCGAGACAGAGCAGUCACUACGAGUCAACCAAGCGUUCCGGGCCUGUAGAAGUCGUCAUGGAACAUUGGAGCGGAUGCAGCAACCAAAGUCAUGCAGACAAUAUUAGACUGGCAAUCGAAGACAAUUUCCGAUCAGUAAACAUAAAGGAAUUUAUUGGAAGAAUUGAUUCGUUCGAACUGUUUGUGAAUGGAAAAAUCGUCUACUCUCGAAUCAUGCAGGGCGGAUAUCCGUACGAAGAGGAGGUCCUGGAUGCAAUAUGGAGAGCCCAACACGGCAAAGAAAUCUAUCAAAUCGACAGAUACGGGGGUUCUCCCGCGUGUACGUUAUUGUAAAUAUGGACCAAAGUGCAAC